AGUAAAAAAAAUAUCUAGGAAGGGAUCAAGGAAACCUCUAGCAUCGUAGAUAAACACCCCCCGGAGGUGUGAAUCCUGCUAGCACACAGCUGCCACAAUACCAAGAGGACUGUAAAGAGGCCCGAAGGAGUGGUUGAUACAGCGAGGGUCAACAUGUCCGAGACAUACGACUUCCUGUUUAAGUUCCUGGUGAUUGGCAGCGCUGGGACAGGGAAAUCCUGCCUCCUCCACCAGUUUAUUGAGAACAAAUUUAAACAAGACUCAAACCACACCAUCGGCGUGGAGUUUGGCUCCAGAGUGGUCAAUGUUGGUGGAAAGACAGUCAAACUGCAGAUCUGGGACACCGCCGGGCAGGAGCGUUUCCGUUCUGUGACACGCAGCUAUUAUAGAGGAGCAGCUGGAGCACUUCUUGUCUAUGAUAUCACUAGCCGGGAAACAUAUAACGCUCUAACCAACUGGCUGACAGACGCACGGACUCUGGCAAGCCCCAACAUUGUUAUUAUCCUGUGUGGCAACAAGAAAGACCUGGAUGCAGAUCGGGAGGUAACCUUCCUGGAAGCCUCCCGCUUCGCUCAGGAGAAUGAGCUGAUGUUUUUGGAGACAAGUGCUCUGACUGGGGAGAAUGUUGAAGAGGGUUUCCUCAAGUGUGCUCGCACCAUCCUCAACAAAAUAGAUUCAGGCGAGUUGGACCCUGAGAGGAUGGGUUCAGGUAUCCAGUAUGGAGAUGCUUCAUUGAGGCAGCUGAGACAGCCGAGGGGCACCACCACACAGAAUAAGCAGCAAUGUAAUUGCUAGGGACUGAGGGUGACACCUCACCUCAGCCGACAGGCCCACACAGACAGGACGCCCCCUACAGCUCCAGGUGUUUUUUGGUGUGUGGGACCCCUCUCUCUACAGUCUCACACACCUUGGAUCACCUGGAGGAGUGAUCCUGAAAUCACCACAACCCUGAUGCCCCUGUGUCUGGGCAAGAAAGUCCUUCAGUGAGAACAUAGUGGAAUCAUUAAGAAGAAGGAUGUUCUUCUAUUCAAAUGGAUUCUCAGUCACUUACCAGACAAGGAGGGUUGUGUGUAUGGGCUGUCCUGCUGUUUGGUUUUAUUUUUGUGCUUUUUCAUUCUGGUUUUAGCAACUCUGACAGGCUUUCUUCAUUUGCACAUGAUUGUAAAUUAUUAUUGGUAAACCUUUUUUUUUUUUUUUUGCACAUAUUCAUCAUUGAAGCGAUUAAGGGCCCAAAUGCGUCCAUUGAUGACAAAAAAAAAAAAACAGUUGUAUUUUUUUUGGUUUAAACUGUACAUACAGUAUGUAUUAUAAGCCAGAUUCAAUGCAAAUCUGUGUAAUCAUUUCUGAAUCUGUUUUCUGGUAUCUUCUCUAGAUCCAAAUCUGAGAAAGUAUAAUAUAGUUAAGGCUCUUGGAGUUAAAGAAGCCAAAAUGUAGAUCAUAGCAGCCUGUUGCACCAGCUAUGUGUAAGUUAUGGCGUAAAAUCCACACUAAAAGCUACAAGCAACUUAAGUUGUGUCAUUAUUUGAUUGCAUCACAGAGAUGUAAGAUUUCUCUUAUCCUAAAAAGGUUAACAUCCAAACUUAUUAAAAUAUUGUUGCGGAUAUGUUUUCACUUAAAUCUGACCCAUCAGUGAAAAGCAUUUUAAUGCAGCUUUUAUCACAGCGCUGCCUUUCAUGUCUAAUUACCUCUAAGCAGGCUAAUGGCUGAAAAAGUUCAGCUAACUGUGGUUAAUUCUCAAACAGUGCUGAAAGUGUAUGCAUAAUAUGACAAAGCACUGUGAUUAGGUGAUAAUCAAAGCCUACACCCGUAACCUAGAGCCAGGAUAAAAUAACGCUGACAUGGAGGGGUGAAAUUGCUGAUAACUGUCUCAAUAGGUCUAACACCUCAACUUUUAGUGGAGCUUAAACUCCAACUUGCAUUCAUACUAAGCAACGUUUAAACCUGCAGAUAGCUGGUGCAACCAAUAGCUGUAUUUUUACUCACUCAGAAAUGUGGGUUACAUCAAGUCAUAUGACUUUUUGGUAAGCAUUUAAAUGCACUAUAAACAUAGAGUGUUGACCUUAGUAAUAUACUUGAUAGUAUGGAUCUACAGUAUAUUAUUUCAAAUUACCAUGUCUAAACUGUCCAAGCACUCCAUUUUACACUCCCGCCUUUACCCUGUGAGGGCCGGUUUAAAGCACAAAAAGGAGAUUUUGCUGUUUGAUUUCACUCCAAAGUUCCCAUCUUUGUAGAUUUACAGUCUGAGAUUUAGCUCUUUGCUAAGUUUUCAGUGACUCUGGUUCAAUCACAGUAAAAGGUUGAGAAUGGUCAUCAGUGUUUGCAAAACUAACAUGCCUUUGACUCCUCCUGCUGGGCUUUUCUUCAUAAUCUCUGCCUCCCUUUAAUUCAUGCCACACAUACUGUAGAAAGGACGUCACAGGAAACCACAGUUGGUUUAGCCUCAGUUCCAUUUUUGGGAAACUUUCAUUAAGCCCGCCCUGCUUCCUCAAAGAGUCUUGACACUGCUUAAUCAUGCAAGGAUUCUGUUUUUACUUUUUUCACUUCUCUUUGUAAAGGACAGACUCCCUGCUCAGCUAAAAAAUGUUGCUACGUUUAUUGAGCCAUCCCAGAUGUUUUCUCCUUAAAACUGACCCUGUAUUGCCCCAAAGAAAAAUAAGGGAAUUUCCACCAAAAUACGGUUUCCCCUUUCAGUUCAACGCCAACAGCAUGGUUUGUGGUGGAGAAUAAUGAGCUUUAAAAACAUCCCAAACUCUCCUUUUCUGUCUGAAAAGCAGAGAACAGAUCAUACAGACACAGCCAAGAGGAGAUCCAGAUCCUGCAAAACUCAAAUCAUAUCCUCACAUGCUUGCAUAUGUCCUUCCAGAGAAACCAUAUGUGUUUUUAGCUCAAUUACUCCAGCAAAUGUUUGGAGGAAAACAUGUUGAGUUGUGCAAACAGGAGAAAGUGCAGGAUAUCAAGAGACAGAUGGUCAAAAAGCAUAGUUUUUAUUUCAUACUGGCAUCAUGUGAUAAUUUGUCUCCUUCUGCAAGUGCACUUUUACUUUUGAAUUUUCUUUUUUUUGUUUAUAUGCUGCAACUAUAGAAAUGUACAUUUUAUUUUACUUGAACAGUAUACUGUAAUAAAGAUUUUAAUUGUA